AUGGCUACCGGCUCAGCACGAUAUGUGCGAUACAUUCUUUUCGCCUUUUUCGGCCUUGCCGUAUUCUACUUCAUCUCCCACUCCAGCUACGAGGGCGUGAGACUCGAGAAUGGCGGCGCCAAGCCGCCAGCCGGCCAGCCAGGCCAGAACCAGGAAGCUGAGAAGGCUCCGGUCAAGCCUCAGGGUGAUGCGCCCAAGGUCGGCGAAAAGUACGACCCCAAGGAAUGGCCCAUGCCCAUGACCCCGAACGAGCCCGGUUGGAACGACCUCGUUGGCCUCGCCCCUGGCCCUCGCAUGAACGCAACCUUCGUCACCCUCGCCCGUAACCAAGAUGUUUGGGAUAUUGCCCGCUCCAUCCGUCAGGUUGAGGACCGAUUCAACCGCCGCUAUAACUACGACUGGGUCUUCCUGAACGACAAGCCCUUCGAUGCCACCUUCAAGAAGGUCACUUCAUCUCUCGUCUCCGGCAAGACCAUCUAUGGCGAGAUUCCCAAGGAACACUGGUCCUUCCCCGAGCACAUUGACCAGGAGAAGGCCCGCAAGGUUCGUGAGGACAUGGCUCAGCGCAAGAUCAUCUACGGCGACUCAGUGAGCUACCGCCACAUGUGCCGUUUCGAGUCUGGAUUCUUCUUCCGCCAGCCAGCCAUGCUGAACUACGACUACUACUGGCGUGUGGAGCCCUCCAUUGAGCUGUUCUGCGAUAUCCACUACGACCCGUUCCGCUUCAUGAAGGAGAACAACAAGAAGUACAGCUUCGUUUUGAGCUUGUACGAGUACGUCGAGACUAUUCCCACGCUCUGGGACAGCACCAAGAAGUUCAUGAAGAACCACCCCGAGCACAUUGCUGAGGGUAACUCAAUGAGCUUCCUCAGCGACGACGGUGGUGACACCUACAACAAGUGUCAUUUCUGGUCCAACUUCGAAGUCGGCGACCUCAACUGGCUGCGCUCCAAGGCCUACAUCGACUAUUUCGAGUCCCUUGACGCUGACGGCGGUUUCUUCUACGAACGAUGGGGAGAUGCGCCUGUGCACUCGAUUGCUGCCGGCCUCAUGCUUCCCAAGGAACAGAUUCACUUCUUCAACGACAUUGCCUACUAUCAUGUUCCCUUCACUCACUGCCCCACUGGUGAGAAGGUUCGUCUCGAGAGGCGCUGCCACUGCAAUCCCAAGGACAACUUCGACUGGAAGGGCUACUCUUGCACAAGUCGCUUCUUCGAGACCAACGGUAUGGAGAAGCCUGAGGGUUACGAGAACCAGCAGGAUUAA